UCAUUUGUGUAUGCAUAAACAACUCUGAGAGCGAGAUGGGUAAUUUUUUUGCUCUAUCUCGUUCUUUUAUUUCCGCCAUUGCUUGAGAAAGUUUGGAAAUUAUGGGAAAACCAAGAGGUCUCCGCACAGCUAGAAAGCACGUCAACCAUCGUCGUGACCAACGUUGGGCUGACAAAGACUACAAAAAGGCUCAUUUGGGUACAAGAUGGAAGGCCAAUCCCUUCGGUGGUGCUUCCCAUGCCAAGGGCAUUGUACUUGAAAAAGUUGGUGUUGAAGCCAAACAGCCUAACUCUGCCAUUCGUAAGUGCGUGAGAGUUCAACUCAUCAAGAACGGCAAAAAGAUCACUGCUUUUGUACCUCGUGACGGUAGCUUGAAUUACAUUGAAGAAAACGACGAAGUCUUGGUUGCCGGUUUCGGUCGUAAAGGUCACGCCGUCGGUGAUAUUCCCGGUGUCCGUUUCAAGGUUGUCAAAGUCGCCAACGUCUCCCUCUUGGCUUUGUACAAGGAGAAGAAGGAACGCCCAAGAUCUUAAGCGUGUUACAAAUAUUUGUAUAACAAAAACCAAUUCCCAAAUAGAAAAAAGAAUGUUUUAAUUCUGGAAACAUUGCAAAACAAAGCUA